UUUCUUCUCAAUUUCUUAUCUUUAUCCAUUUUAAUUUGCUUCCUUCGUUGCUUCUAUUUUGCUUGCAACUUUUUGUUAUUGUUGCGAAACACACGCAUUUACGCAUGCAUAAGUAUUUGUACACUGAGGAAAUGUUCUGGAGAUGUGAAGUUUGCUUAUUGUAAUGUUAAUUGGAGACCCUGGCUUUUUGUUUGUUUUAAAAAAGUAUGUGCAGCAGAUAAGUUAGCAUUUUUGCAAAUUCAUAAACUCAUUAAAACUCUGAGAUUGCUGAUGGAAACUAGAGAAAGCACAGAAGUCACAGUAAGAAAAACAAAUCUUACACCCAAAGCUAUUAUAUACCAAAAGUUCGGUAGCAAAGCAUGCUAUAAAGUGGAGGAAGUGCAGGAGUCUACUCAGAAUGGAUGCCCAGGCUUGGCAAUCCCACAGAAGGGUCCCUCACUUUAUCGUUGCAGCUUAGAACUUCCUGAACUUUUUGUUGUGUCAGACGUCUUUAAAAAGAAGAAGGAUGCUGAGCAAUGUGCUGCAGAGAAGGCUUUGAAAGAGUUAGGCAUCAAUCCUGCAGCUGAUUAUCCGACUGAGCAGGAACCAUGGGAUGCUUUAAUUGAACGAAUGACAUAUCUAUUCUCUGAUGAGUUUCUUCAAUCUGUUCACCCAUUCAGUGGUCACCUUAGGGCCACUUUGCAGAGAGAAGGUGACCUCUGUGGUUCAGUACCAGCUUCUGUUGUUGCUGUCUGUGAUGCAAAAUUAAGUAAUUUAUGUAAAAUACUUAAUCCUAAGGUGGAAGCAAAUCCUUUCUUGGCUUUGUCAUUUGUCAUGAGGACAGCUGCACAAUUGUCUGGGUCUGUUGUUACCACCAAGGGGAACCUUUCAAUCCAGAAAAAAAAUCCAUACCCUUCAGAGAUCAUAGAGUUAAUAGACAUCCAAAAGUCUGAUUCCCUACAAAACACAAUGGUUGAAGCUGUACAUAUUCCAUUUUCUCUGGAUAAGACUGUUCAACCUGUCCGUCUUAAUAUUUUGUCAGAUGGAUAUUACCUGGAUGCUAUUGCACAAAAACUUGGUGUGACGGAUGCCAACAAGGUUCUGCUCUCAAGGGCUAUUGGUAAAGCUUCGUCUGAGACAAGGUUACACUUUGCUGCUCCUGAAUCAGCUAUGUUAGAUGUGUCAGCAGAUCUUGUAAAUUUGGAAGGACCUUUGAAUGUAAGGGCAAGUUACUUCUGUGGUCAAAGUAUAUAUGGUGAUGCAAUUAUGGCGUCGAUUGGUUACACAUGGAGGUCUAAAGAUCUUUUCCAUGAAGAUAUAUCCCUGCAAUCAUAUUACAGGAUGCUUAUAAGCAAGAUGCCAAGUGGAAAUUACAAGUUGUCCAGAGAAGCAAUACUUGCAGCGGAAUUGCCUUCAGUAUUCACCACAAAAUCAAAUUGGAGGGGUUCCUUCCCAAGGGAAAUCCUAUGCUCAUUCUGCCGGCAGCAUCGGCUAUCUGAACCUGUUUUCUCCACUAUAAAUCUACCUUUAAAAGAUCAGUCCUCGUCAAGAUCACACAAGGAGAUGAGUGUCACAGAGGGAGUUGAACAGGAGACAGAAUAUGCUAAUGGAAGAGGUAUUGCUACUGGUGAUCAAGAGUCAGUGGAAUCUGCAAGCAUGUUUAGAUGCAAGGUGAAAAUAUUUUCCAAGUGUCAGGAUUUGAUCAUAGAGUGUUCACCUGAGCAGAUUUAUAAGAAGUCAAAUGAUGCGAUCCAUAAUGCUUCUCUGAAAGUUCUUUCAUGGUUGAAUGAAUAUUUUAAGGACCUUAGCAUGCCUGUGGAAAAGCUAAAUUAUUUGGCUGAUGUCCUUCACAUCCAAUUUUAUCCUGAAAACUUCUUUAAAGCGUUUUUGUUGUGUUCUUCUGUUCAUAGUCUUCAGCACAGGGGGAAAGGGAGAAAAUUACCAGAAAUUAGAAGUGUGAAUGUGCCACAUACUUCACCAGAUGUUUGCUCUUUGAACAUAGAGGGUUUAGAUUCUGGUGUCUGUCCAUCAACUGAAUCAUUAUUAUGCAUAAGUUAUUCUGUAUCUCUGGUGACAGAAGGUAAACAUGUGAAACAGCUUCUCGAGAGCAAUGAUGAGUUUGAGUUUGAGAUGGGGUCAGGGGCAGUGAUUUCCCCUCUUGAAUCAGUUCUCACACAGAUGUCAGUCGGUCAGUCUGCUUUUUUCAGUAUGAACUUGCCUCCUUGUGAGUAUAUUUUAGCAUCAACUGAUGAUUCUGAGGGGAUUAUUUCGUUGUUAACGUCAGAAACUUGCUGCUUGGACUAUACUGUAACCUUGUUGUGUGUGACUGAACCCCCAGAAGAAAGAAUGGAGCAAGCUCUUUUUAGCCCUCCACUUUCAAAACAAAGGGUGGAAUAUGCUGUGCAACACAUCAAACAAUCUUGUGCUACUACUUUGGUUGACUUUGGCUGUGGCUCUGGAAGUUUAUUGGAUUCUUUAUUAGAUUACCCGACUUCUUUGGAAAAAAUUGUUGGUGUUGACAUAUCACAAAAGAGUCUUAGCCGUGCAGCAAAGAUACUUCAUUCAAAACUAAGCACAAAAUCAGAUACAAGCAUCAAAUCUGCUGUUCUUUAUGAUGGUUCAAUCACAGAUUUUGACUUUCGAUUAUGUGGAUUUGAUAUAGGCACUUGCUUAGAGGUAAUUGAGCAUAUGGAGGAGGACCAGGCCUGUAUGUUUGGUGAUAUUGCAUUAAAUUAUUUUCGUCCAAAGAUUCUUAUUGUUUCCACUCCAAACUAUGAAUAUAAUGUGAUUCUCCAAAGAUCAAGUCUCACAAACCCAGAAGAAGAUCCAGAUGAGAAAACUGAAUCACAGUCUUGCAGAUUUCGCAAUCAUGACCACAAGUUUGAGUGGACUAGAGAGCAGUUCAAUAAAUGGGCAACUGAAUUAGCCAAUAGGCACAAUUAUAGUGUUGAGUUCAGUGGGGUCGGUGGUUCUGCUGAUGCAGAACCAGGGUUUGCUUCUCAGAUUGCUGUCUUUAUGAGGAAGAUCCUACCUCAGGAAGAUGAUGUUUCAGAGAACGAAAAUUCUGCACAAAAUUGCAAAGUUGUAUGGGAGUGGAACAGUGUAGAUAGAUCAGAUUCUUCUCUUUGACACAUAUCUAACUUUAGCCGGAGUUAUAAUUGAGUUUAUUGCAGCAAUAGGCUGUAAUUAUAUGUCAAAAAAUUUUGAAAUAGAGGGAGCAAAAGAAUGAAGAAUGAACAUACCAUCCAUGUCCAUGUAGAGACAAAUGGAUUUUGCAGACGAUAUGGAACCAAAUGAGCCCUUUGAGGCAUUUUCAAUAUUCAAACUUUUGACCA